AUGGCUCGUCCAAAAGCACGAAAGCCUCCUUCCUUCCAAGCACGGGCCUGUCGCAAGUCCCCUUCUAGCACUGCAGGACCAUGCCAUGAGCAGGCAUCGUUGGACAAAUGGUUGAAUUCAGGCAAUACAACACAUCACUCAGCAUCAGUGGUAAAGGCACAAAAGAUCAUCCGAGAAGCCGAAGAGAAGGGGGAGAAGGAACAGAACGCUGCCAUCAUUGCGGCCAUUGAAGGAAUCUAUACAUUUUCUCCAUGGGAUGGUCAGCGAGAGGCACUCCGCCACCUUGUUUUUCUCCGCAAAGACAUGAUUCUUAUAGCCAAGACAUCAUUCGGUAAGAGCAUGCUCUUACAAGCAGUAUCCCUUCUCCUUGAGAAGGCAAUCACACUCAUUGUGCUCCCACUGAACCAGAUUGGUAUUGAGCAAACAGAGUAUAUCAGAAAUCUUGGAGGCAGACCCUGUUUCCUCAAUGUCGAUACCAUAUCUGCAGAGCUGCUCGAAGCAGUAAAGGCAGCUAAAUAUACCCAUGUUCUGCUUAGUCCCGAACUUGCAAUUGGGGAUAAAUUUCACGCUGUGGCUACCCAUCCACGGUUCCGUGAACGCCUUCGUCUUGUUGCAGUUGAUGAGGCACAUUUGGUUGCGCAUUGGGGUCGUGCUUUCCGGACAGAAUAUGCACGAAUGCAUCAAUUGCGUGCAUUGCUAGGAAGGAAAGUUCCUUGGUUUUCAUGCUCAGCAACGUUGGACCAAGCCACUUUGGAGACUGUGAAGCAUGGGUGUGGUUUCUUAUCAGAUGUCAAAGUUCAGCGAACCUCCAUCAACCGACCAGAGCUGGUUCUCCGUUUGGGCAAGAUACCAAGGAACAAACGUCGAGCAUAUUCCGCCUUACGUUUCCUAUUCAAGCAAGGAGAGGUUCUGCAUGCUGCUCGCGACACUGCGCAUUUAAACAUCCCCAAGACUGUUGUGUUCUUCGACACUAAAGAUGAAACAUCUUCGGCACUGAUGAAAUGUCGUGAAUGGCUAGAAAUGAGUGACAAGCACCAGUAUACAUCUCAGCAGGCUCAGUCUACUAUUCGGGUCUUUCAUCGCAACACGCCACAGCAUGACAAGGAGAGAAUUGUUGCAGAAUUUCGGCAUUUGGCCUUGGAGUCAUCAGUCCGGGUUAUCUUUGCGACGGAAGCAUUGGGGAUAGGGGUAAAUCUUCCCGAUAUUCGACGCGUUGUCCUAUAUGGGAUCCCUCGGGGACACCACCCAGCAGUUCCUUGGCAGCGCGGUGGUCGAGGAAGUCGAGAUGGGCAGGAUGGGGAAACCAUCUUGCUAGUGGACGAAUGGGCAUUUGGCCCCCGUGAUGAAGCCGCUGCUCAAAGGUAUGCACGCCAGUCCAAGGCCCAAGGAUUAAGACAGGAGACUUGUGCCAUGGGUGUUACUGAAGAGCUCAAUAGAGGCUCUGCAGAGGAGUUGCAUGAUGAAGAAACUCCCGAGCAGGAACAGUCAGCAAUCUGUUCAUCUGACAAGGAACGCCGGGAGAGACUACCAGCAUUUUGGUAUAAUCUCAUCAAUGCUAGCACUUGUAUACGGCAAGAAUUCUUGGAUUUCUUUGAGGAAUCCAAGGACGGUGAUAACCCAACUCGGAAGGAGCGCUGUUGCAGCUAUUGCAACCCAGACUUUACUAUAGAGGACCUUGAUCAGUAUUAUCUAUACAGUGAGAAAGGGCCUUCUUACACCAAAAAGCGAAAGCUGAUUGCAGAUGACCUGGAGAAGUGGGCCUGGUGUAAAUCUCAUGAAGUUCUGCGCAAGGAUGGGCUCAUACUAGAUGCCUGCAAUAUCCUAACCAAAGACCAACGAGUUGAACUGGCACGGUAUGCCCAUCAGACAUUGACGAAAGACGAUCUCUUCGACAGACUAGGAUUAUGGCACUGGUGCGGUCGGUUCGAUCAAAGUCUCUUUGAAGAACUGCGGAAGGCAUACUGCACUCAUGAGAGUAGUUCUCAAACACCUGCAGAACAACUUGGUCAGUAUACAUGGUUAAGAAUUUCGUAUUCUUGGGACAGAUAUGUUCACCACGCAGUGUUAACAGUCAAAAUGCAAACACCAGCAAAGACGAUGCGCAUAUUGGACGACCCUAGCCAAUUCAGCGAAUACAGUAAUCUCACAUGGUCUUCUGCACCUACGCCAGACAGUAUCAGACAACCGACACCUUCUGACAAUAUCUUUGUGCCUCCGUGGAUUGAUACUGAUAUACCGUCCCAAGAUUAUAUGGAUUCGACACCUGCUUCGGCAACUCCAGUUCGCAAACGCAGAGCCUUAAGUGGGGUAUCAGGAAAUAGGCGUCCACGAAGAUGCCCGGAAGGUGUGAACAAGAAGUGA